ACUGUAACCGAAUUAUAUAAAAUUAUUAUUUGUUGACGACCAUUUUGCUGUAGUUGGUCUUUCAUUUUUGAUCCAUCCAAGAAAUUUGACUAUUUUAAAGCUUAAAAAUGAAAAUAGAUUCCAAUAACGAAGAAAAUAUUCAGAAUGAAGAAGCGGGAAAGCUGUUUGUUGGUGGUUUGAGUUGGGAAACCUCACAAGAAAAGCUUCAAGAAUAUUUUUCUCGCUUUGGAGAAGUAGUUGAUUGUGUGGUUAUGAAAAAUAAUGAGACUGGCAGAUCUCGUGGAUUUGGUUUUGUUACUUUCAAAGAUGUAAGCUGCGUUGCUAAAGUGUUAUCCAAUGGACCACAUGAAGUGGAUGGCAGAACAAUUGAUCCAAAAGUUUGUAGCUCAAGAGAUUCUCAGCAGGGCAAGAAGGCAGGCCAAUUCCCAAAAGUAUUUCUGGGUGGACUACCUCCAAAUUGUACGGAGACUGACCUCCGUAGUUUUUUCUCAAGAUAUGGAACUGUUAUUGAAGUUGUUUUAAUGUAUGAUCAAGAAAAAAAGAAGUCUAGAGGAUUUGGAUUUUUAUCGUUCGAGACAGAAGACAGCGUGAAACAAGUAUGCGCUGAGCAUUUUGUGAAAAUCAAUGGGAAGAAGAUUGAAUGUAAGCAUGCUGAACCACAGGAUAAAAAGAGGCCCUCACAAGGUCAAAAUGCUGGCCCUUCAAAUCAGUGGGGUGGUCCAUCUAUGGGCCCAGGAUGGGGACCUGGUGCUCCAGCUCCAGGUGCACCUGGACCAUGUGGACCAGCUAUGGGUCCUGGUGGUCCUCCUGGACCUAUGCCUGGUCCAAUGGGUCCUCCAAUGAAUAAUGGAAUGUGCCCACCUGGUGGUUAUCAAGGGGGGUGGGGUGCACCUCCUUAUGGACCUCAAGGUGGCUGGGGACCCCAACCUGGUGGCUAUGGUCCUGGAUAUAACAACUGGGGAUGUGGACCUGGAUAUGGUCCUGGCUACAAUGGUCCUUCUGGUCCUCAAGGUUAUGGUCAACCAGGCUAUGGUGGUUAUGGCUAUGGCAAUUAUGGGUAUGGUGGACCCAUGCCCGGCCCUGGUGGUCCACCACCUCCCAAUCCUCCUGCACCUGGAACUGAAAACUUUUCUGGCCCUGGAAUGGGUGGUCCUCCUUCUGGGGGCCCCUCUGGGUCUGGUACAUCAUCAAGCUCUCAAUCUGGGUCUAAUCCUUCGGGAAUGGGAAAUUAUUCUCAAGAACCAUCUAACUUUGGUCCAUCUAGACCAGGAUAUGGUCCAGGUUAUGGUUCUGGUCCAAACAAUUAUAAUUCUGGAAAUUAUCCCCCACAAGGGAACUACAAUACUCCAGUGGGAGGUCCUGAUUCCUCUCGUGGUUCUGGUCAAGGUCAAGGUUACCAUCCCUAUCGACGUUAAACAAAACCCAUGUAGGAGCAAACCGUUUUGUAUAUUGACAUUGUUGUGAAGUUUUUGUUUUAAUACGGUUUUGGAAAUCAUUGUUUCAUUUUUUUUCAACGCACCGUUGUUUUUUAUGCAGUGUGACCUUAUAUAUCCUCUGAGCAGGUAUAUGGUAAUAAAUUUGUAAACAAUCAUGAAAACCCAUGCAUCAUUAUUGAAUGUAAAGAGUAAUGUUUUGUUAGAUCAAAUCAUUGUUUCCCUUCUUUUAUUUUGAAUCCAGAUAUUGUCAUAUUUUCAUCAUUGCUAAUCUACAAAAUUGUUAAUUAUAUUGGCUGUCUCAUGUAUGGAUUUUAGUUUAAAUAAAUAAAAAAAAACUUUGUAAAA